ACAAAGGUGCGUGACUUCCGAAAGCAGUGAAAACAAAAGCAAACUAGCUCAGCGAAGGAAUUACGGUGCAUUUUCACGGGAAAAUAUAUCCAUAUUUCCAUUUAACAACAUUCCGAUCAACGUUAUACAAGCGUAACGCCUUCAACAUGUCUGCCUCACUGCUUUACCUUCUCGUGCCCGUUGGUGUUGGGGCCAGUCUGUACGUUAUUCGUAAGCUACGCGAAUGGAAAUGGGGCUGGGUACGGAACAACGCAACGCUACGGGGCAAAGUCUUUAUCAUAACUGGUGCCAACACUGGGCUUGGGUACGAGACGGCACUGGCACUUGCCGCCCGUCAGGCAACGAUCAUUAUGGCUUGCCGGAGUAUGGAGCGAGCAGGUGAAGCAAUCCGUCGCAUCCGUCAAAAGACGCCGGAAGGUGAGCUGAUCCCGAUCGAGCUCGAUCUCGCAUCGUUCGAUUCGAUCCGUGAUUUUAGUGAAGCGAUCAAGAGCCGCUACCCAUCGUUCGACUGUCUGAUCAACAAUGCCGGGUUGGCCAUGCAGACGCCGACCUACACGCAGGAAAACUACGAAAUACAUUACGGCGUGAACCAUCUGGGCCACUUCCUGUUGGUGGAUUUGCUGAAGGAUAAUAUACGCGCGAAUGCGGCUCGGAUUGUGGUCGUGUCGUCGAAGAUGCACGAGCGGGCAAAGAUCGAUUUUGACAGUCUUGGCAAAUGGGUCGAACGUGGGCGUGGUGAACGGACCAACACGUUGUACAACAAUUCCAAGCUGAUGAACUUUUACUUUGCCCGCGAACUGUACAAGCAGGGUUACAACGUGCACGUGCUGUGUCCGGGCCUGUGCCAUACCGAUUUCUUCCGGAGCUACAAUCCCAAAUGGUACCAUUACGUGCUGUUCUCACCGGUCGUGCUGCUGUUUUUACGUUCCGCACGUCAGGUAAGAGCGGACAUUCUUACCUCCUAUGCUCACGGUGUAAUAUGGUCUCUUUUGUUCCAGGGUGCACAAAACAUUAUCCACUGUGCAACGGACAAUAUUAACACGGAGGAAAGGAAUCCAGUUACCGGAUAUUUUGUGACGAAUGUCGAACAAACUAAAUCCAAGAUGAAGUUCGACGAGGAAACGUCCGAGCGGCUGUGGCGUGAGAGCUUCAAGGCACUGAACGUCUAAAGUGGGGUUUAAUAUCCCCUUUUGGACAUCUUUUUUUUUAGGUUGUGGGAACUCUUGUCUCCAAUGUCUGCUUAUCUUCAGGAUUAGAAUACUCUUAGAAUGUUACUUUUUACCGCAUUUUCAACACGGGCAAGCGUUCAAUAAAU